CCCAUUUCCUCCUCGUCUCUGUCCUAGCCUGAAUUUGCCGUGAUCUGCUCUCGUGUUGAAGAUCUUCGAUCUAGGUCUUCCUUUCGCGGGGCUCGGGCUGCUCAGGCUUUGGCCAACCUCUUUUGUCACCCUGCCUUCAAAUCUCCAUGUCUGAUCGCGCCUCCUCGGCAUCAUUUCGAGUAGGGCCUCCAUCACCAUCGUCUCCCGCCGCAGGGUCGCUCAAGCAGACCCAGCCUCUGGCGUAUCUAUCCGAUCAUUUUCCCCAGUCUCCGACAUCACCUCCGUUGAUGUCGGUAAGCGCUCAGAACUAUGCCAGCCAUCUCGUAUCCUCGCAGGCAUCACCUAACCAGGCGACCCCACAACCCGCAAAUCUCUCAUCCCCACCGUCCUCUGCUCCGAUGUCUGCUCAAGCCUCGCAACAACCGCCGGUAGGUACAGCAAACUCGUUCCCGACGCCGGCAAGCAGCGUGAGCGGGCACAUCCCAAGUGCAAAUUCGUUUGAUGACUCUGAGAAUUUCGAUAAGCCGAUUGGGCCGGGAAUCGGCGAUACUAGUGCGACCACUGCGACUAUGAAUGCAGUAGCAAUGCAACAGGCCGAACACAGACGGACCGAUCAUGACCGGCAACCAGGAGGGAUGGAUAUUGGAGUCCGCGAUUUCGCCGUGGGCGGCGCCAGUGACGCUAUGGAGAUUGAUAGCGAGGUACCAGCUUCGUCUAUCCGCAGUGGGCCAAGUCUAGAGUCUCUGCAGAAGGACUUCUCGUCGGCCUUUCAUUUGUGCAAAAGCUCCCAUAUUGCGACUGGUCCGGACCCGUCGCUGGAUCUGAUUUCUUUGUACGGGUUAGGUCCAGUGGCAAAGUCUGUUGCCCGAAUGGAUCCUGUGACAGGCGAGAAGAUCAAUAGGCUCAGGAAGUCCUAUGAGGGAAAAUUGAAGGGUCUGGGCCUCGCAGGAAGGAAUAAACCUGUAAAGAACGAGCCUGGUGCGCCCGGCGGGCUCAGGCAUAUGACCAUGUGGCCCGAAGAAGAGUGGCAGAACCAGAAAGUUUUUGGAAAAGAGAUCAGAGUAGCAGACAUUGAUUCUGCGCUGCACAAUCUGCAGAUGAAGGCCAUGAAGAUGGAGCCGGGUACGGUCCCGAACAACGAGUAUUGGGAGGACGUACUGGGUCAUGAAAAACCAUCCAAGCAUGCAGGUGGUGGCGAUGCCGGCAAGAAAUCCGUCGCACCGCCUCCCAAUGGCAUUCGAGUCACGCAGCCGAACGGAACUCCGGUGCCUUUUUCGGAACCGGAUCGAUCUCGACCCAGCCGGGGGCGUAAAAGACAUUACGACGACAACAGUUUUGUUGGCUACGGCGAAGGUUACGCUGACGACGAUGACGAUGGAGCAUUUUACUCGAACAGUGAAGGAAUGGGGAAGAAAAAACGCAAGAAGGUUCCAGUUCUAAAAUGAGGGCUAGACUUGGUGGGCUUGCUCUUGCAUGCGAAAUGCUGGGCAGGUUCUGC